AAAGACACAUUCACUUCAGUGUUUUCACUGUGACAUUUUUAUUUGACAGAUGUACCUCUGUAAUUAUUGCUUCUUGUUUUUGUGUGAUGAACUUGGACCAACUUCCUUAUGUGAAGAAAGACCAAUAAAGUAGCUUAGUGAUACAAUACUAACAAAUGUAUUAGGGCCUCCUUAUUGACAGAAAAGCAUUUAAGCUUGUUAGAUUUGAGGAGAAAAAAAAGGAAGGAAUAGAUUGUUGCAAGGAUGAUAUUAGUUAGCAUCGCCCUGGUUUCCUCAUUAAAAAGCCUAUGGCCAAAGUCAGAUUACACAUCUAAUAUUCAAACAAGUCUUAUUAUAAUCGAAAUUCUUCUUUUUAUAAAUAUAUAUAAUGAAAAUUAAAAUAUGUGUGAAACACAACCCCGGCAGUAAAAAUAAGUGUCAGCAGUUUUGUGUAGCUCAUCCGGACCCCAUCCAGCUGGGGGCGACAGCGUGCGCCUGCUCACACAGGUUUGGCCUUCCUGUGUUGCCUUACAGCUGACAGCAGCUUGUUCCUCGAUGGAUCAACCGGGAAACUUUGCAGCAUUUUCAGCGAGACAACUUCGCUGCAGCGAUAGAUCUCACUCCCUGCAUGCAUCAGUCGGCUCCUGCGGGUCUGUCAGGCCUGUGCCGGGUCACCGACCAUCUGUACCUCAGUAAUGGCCGAGCGGCUCAUGAUUCCUCCCAGGUGACUCGGUGCAACAUCACCUGCAUCGUGAACGUUACUGAGAGCAGCAGCCCGCCUCCUCCAGGGGUGGAGGAGUACAUCCACAUCCCGGUCCCUGACACCCCGGGGUCUCCUCUCUACGAUCACUUUGACGAGGUGUCGGAUAAGAUCCGGCUCACCGCGGAGCGCGGCGGCCGCACGCUGGUGCACUGCAACGCCGGCGUGAGCCGCUCCUCCGCCCUGUGCAUGGCCUAUCUGAUGAAGCACCGCGGCGCCACCCUCCUGGAGGCCCACAGGUGGGUGAAGACCUGCCGACCCAUCGUGAGGCCCAACGAGGGCUUCUGGAAGCAGCUCAUCCGGUAUGAGAUGGAGCUCCGUGGGUGCAACUCCGUCCGGAUGGUGUCCUCCUCCAUGGGAGAGAUACCUGACAUCUAUGAGGAGGAGGCCAGGAGCAUGAUGCCACUGUGACGUGGGCAGUGCGUCACUGUGCAGGGCUGUAUGGGCAUCCAUCCAUACUGCUUCACAUGCAUACACAGAUACUAUGCUGUGAAGUAACAUCAAGUGUUAAUGUGCUUCCUGAGUUAAAUAAACUUUAUUGUCCAAAGUAACAGUGCACUGAAAAAAGAACUCUUCACAGGAAUUUAAUAAUCACACUAUAUGUUACCCUCAACAUCUGAAAUGACACCAAGUAUAUCUGUGUAUGCAGAUUAUGAGUAUGUUAAGUAGGUUGUGGAGGAGGGGUUAGAUUUCUAACAUGUCAUCUUUCCCUUUUUCAUUCCAUUCACUUAUUUUUUUUGUUUGUUUGGUUUUUUUGAAAGUCUUUUUUAUCCUGUGUUUUUUUGUUGUUUUUUUUUACAUUGUGAAAGUAAAUUCAACUCAUUUGAGGCUAGAAAUUACAAAACGCUUUUAAUUUAGAAUCAAUACUCUUAAUUGGUUCAAUACACGUACAUCUGUGCAAUCAUACAUUUGAGGGACAGCCAUUCUGGACAUAAUGAAAUAAAUAUUGUAUUUAUUAAGCAAUAUGGUCAUUAAACAUCUUGCAAACAUGCUAA